CCACCAAAACUAGUAUAAAAUGACCAAACACUCCUUGUGCAAGACUCACGGACCAAACCAACCGUAACUCCAAUUCUCAAUUUCUCUCUCUCCCUCUGCCAGAGAAACCGUUUCCUUCUUGAAAUGCGUCCACCGCAGAGAAUGAUUGCUUACAACGUCGGCGACAACGUCGAAGUCAUCGGUAAGGACGAAGGCUUCUUGGGCUCGUACUACGAGGCCACCGUCAUCUCCGUCCUCGCCGACGGCCGCUAUGAAGUCCAGUACAAGACGCUGAUCGUGGACGAAGAGACCAAGAUUCCGCUGAAAGAGACGGUGCUUCCAAAGGACCUCCGCCCUGUGCCGCCGUGUGUCCGGACACGCGGUGGCCACUACGAAAUGUACCAGGCUGUGAACGUGUUCGACAACGACGGGUGGUGGUACGGGAAGAUCAUCGGCUUAACCGGCGUGAAGGGAUACUACGUGUACUUCAGCUCUACCAAUGAGACGCUUCCGUACCACUGCUCUCGCCUUAGGGUUCACCAUGACUUCAUUCAUGGAGACUGGCAUCAAAUUAAUUGAUUGAUCAAUCAAUCAAUUUCCUCCUCCAAUUGCCCAAUUUUGUGUUCUUGCAAUUGUGUAUAUAUGGGUUUUCUUUUUUCUUUGAAUUUGGAUAAUGGAGUUGGUAUGGUGGUUCUUGUUCCUCUGUAGUGAGAUUAUUAUGUCUGUGAUUGAUUUUGUAAUUGGCAAUUGGAAAUUAAUACCAGUAGUAUAUAUCCUCCUUUAAUUUCAA